AACUGAUUCAUCUGUGAAUGCACAUGAUGACUUACAUGACAUUUGUGCCCUCUUGUUGUUGUUUUUUUUGUGCUGAUUGACCAUUAAAAUGUUGUCUGUGCACUGGAUGAAGGGCAGGCGAAGUGUGGAGAUGAAAAGUGUCGCGAAGGAGUUCUUCUGUCUCACUGAUGAGACAGACCAAGGGAGGGUGAGUGUGUCAAUACGUGGAGCCAGUAUGAGGAGCAGCCACGCUCCUGGACACUGCAAAGGGAGUGAAUCUGUGCUGCGCAGGACUGUGACCUUGGAUUAUAAUGAUGGUGAUGACUAUGAUGAUACAGAGGGAAUCGCUGAACAUACAACAAAACCAGAAGUCACAGAAGAAUGGAUGUCAGUCAUGGGGGCAAAACUCCCAGAGUUACCAGUUCAUAAAAAGGAGACCUCAAGAACGAAAUGUGAGUCUCCAAAAGAAUAUAUUCAGCUCCAAAGUGAUAAAGGGAUGAGUGUACCAGAAACACAGACAAGGAUGAAAGAUCAGGCCAAGAUACUGUUACCACUAAAGCCUUUCAGUGAGGGAUAUGAGGCUGCAUUCCUCAGGGACAGAAUGCGAAGGCUCUGCAGAAGAUCAGGACCUCCUUUCUCGCUGUUCUCCCCUACGGAAAGCCUGGGGGACAUACUGUACAGGAAAACCAAGCAUGUGUUUGACUACACAGUCACGAACAUGAAAGACAAAAAGCCCGAUGUUUCAAGGUGUGGUUCCAAUCUAAACCAAUGUGUUAAACCAGCCCUUCCAGUACGGAAGGGAUUCAAUGUAUCCACAUCUAGGUACAGCCAGAGAAGGGAACAAUCAAUUGAUCAGAUGACGGUGAUCAGAAAAGAUCAUGUCGGUAGGCCUUUACUAAUGCUGAAAGGCAAUGCAAGUCUAACCAACAGUGAUGGAAGCAACAACACGGAUUCAUUUGCUUAUUCACCCAGACUCACAAAGGGUAAACCAUCAACCUCCUCUCAGCCAGGACCUGACACCAGGAUCCCACCAGUAGUAACCAGGAACCAUUCUGACAUCAUCAGAGAGGAAAGAAAGAGGCACUACUACAAAGACCUGUGUCAGCAGGUGGAGGAGAAGAGACAACAAAAAGCGAGGGAGAGGAGAAGGAUUACCACCGCCGAACAAACUCACAAUGAGACAAUGCAGUUCUUCACCUGGGGGAUGCCAGGGAGCGGAGCCCCAAACUACCACCUGGACUCUGUGAGAAGGAACAAGUUCAGUUCCACAGAAAUUAUACCCCAGGAACAGCCCACUAUCGUGCCAUAUGAGGAGUUUGAUGUUAUGGCUGAUAUAAAGGCCAUACGCAAAGCCUGUAAAGGCUUGGGCACUGAUGAACAAGCCAUCAUUGACAUACUGGCUAACCGCUGUGCAGCCCAGCGGAUGGAAAUUAAACAAGCCUAUUUUGAUAAAUAUGACGAUAAGGAGUUGGUGGAUGUGCUGAAGAGUGAGCUGGGGGGGAACUUUGAGAAUGCCGUCCUGGCCAUGCUGGACCCUCCAGUCGUCUAUGCAGUGAAGGAGCUCAGGAGGGCCAUGAAGGGAGCAGGCACUGAUGAGGAUACUCUGGUGGAGAUUCUGUGCACUGCCACAAACGCUGAUAUUCACAUGUUCAAAGAAUGCUACUUUCAGGUGCAUGAACGGGACCUGGAAUCAGAUGUCGAAGGGGACACUAGUGGAGAUGUGAGAAACCUGCUCACUGCUCUUUUACAGGGCACCAGAGAUGAGACUUACGAUGUGGAUGAGGGUCUGGCUGAAGCAGAUGCCACCGCCCUGUUUGAGGCUGGUGAGGGAUGUUUUGGGACGGAUGAAUCCACUUUCAGCUUCGUCCUGGCCAACCGAAACUACCUUCAGCUACAGGCCACCUUCAAGGUGUAUGAGCAGCUCUCUGGAACAGAAAUUCUGGAUGCCAUUGAUAAUGAGGUCUCUGGGACACUGAAGGACUGUUACAUCACACUUGUGAGGGUUGCUAAAAACCCUCAGCUGUAUUUCGCCCGGCGACUGAAUGAAGCCAUGAAAGGAGCAGGCACUGAUGAGGACACCCUCAUCCGCAUCCUUGUAUGCCGCUCUGAGUAUGAUUUGGAGACCAUUAAAGACAUGUACCUGGAGAAGUAUGACAUGUCCCUGAAGGAUGCCAUCAAAUCUGAGUGUGGUGGAGACUUCAAACGUCUCCUGCUGGCUAUCUGCCAUUGAGAGAGCGGCGAGAGAGCAGAGUGCCUGAAAGGGACCGAGGGUGCUGCUGCUCACUCCUGGACAAACUAACACUACUUACAAUCGGUCCUACUGUCCUCAAACAUGCAACAUUCUCGGAUAGGGCAGGGGGUGGAACUGGAGAUAGCUCAAAUCCAGCUGGUUCUGUUCUCCUGAUUUGGCAUUGAUGUCUAGGUUCCCUACAAAAGUGUUAUCAAUAUGUGGCUGCUAUAUUUGAUCUACUUAUCUAAAGGCAGUUGGAUGCUCAUAACAUACCAUGUGGUGUGAUUGGUUUUGAUCGAGAGGAGUGCUAGGACUAGAGACUUACCUUAGACCAGAGCUCCACAUUACCAGUGAAACUUAGUAGCCCUAGUCCUUGAAAUUCUGUUUACUAUGUACAGUUGUGUGACUAGAUCCUAAAUUCUCUUUUCUGCAGUUAAAUUGAAGUUCAGUAGGAUCAGGUGGUUCAGUGCUUGGUAGGAAGGUCAGUCUGCACACAAAAAGGCAUUUGUAGGAACUGGGACAGGGUGUUGCUGGAAGAUUAUGGUUCUGCAUUGUAUUGGACGUAUCUGUCUUCUACAGAUGAGACCUAUUCCAUUGAGCAGUGAUCAUAUUUUUGAGCUUGCAUUUAAAAUGAUCAGCAAACAUUUUGUCCAUGCUUAGUGAGACACCAAUUUGGAUUUGAUCUAUCCAGUGCCAGUACCUUCCACCCCAAACUCCAUCUUCAGUAUUAACAAGUGUUUAUAAACUGUUAGCUAGCUAGUUAUGUGCAAUCUGUCCAUCUACCUUGAAGUUAUAACUUAAAUGAAGGAGAAAUGAAAGUGUCCUUAUGAAGCAAUGGUAUUUUAUAUGACAUGAAUCAAUGCACAUAUAAUUUUGAUAUUAUUUUAAAAUAAUCAACACUACCACUCCAAAGAUAAGUACAUUGUAAUUCUACUGUCUGAUUAAUCUUCACGGUGUUAGUCAAAAACAGUUAUUUAAUUUAAACUAACUAUGUAUUGACUUCAUGCUUCAAUAUGUUGCAAGGGAAACUGCUGUGACAAAUCUUCAAACACCUCAUAAAAUGUUUGUAUUGCAAGACUAACACUAAAACUAUUAACUGCAUUAAGACUGCAGUAUUAUAUAUCAUUCAAAUGUGUUUAAAGUAAAUCUUUAUCCACAAGAAGGUAUUUGAAAAGGUCUCGCAAGGUAUUUGAGAAAAGAUUUAGACUUGUAACUAUGAAGUAUCUAAACUCUUUGAAUAGCAUGGUCUAAAAUGUUACGACCACUGUCACUUCUGUGUCCCAUAAUGGCAGCAGUAUUUUUAACAUAUUCCUAUAUUAGGAAUUAGGUCAUAUUAGAAAGUCCUGUAAUCUCAGCUGAAUAACUUGAGAUAUUUGUAACAUUUUAUAAUGCUGGCUAGGCUACUAUGAAUUCCAUGCAAGAGAGGAUAAUGUCAACAGGUUUCAGACCGUGCACACCUGCCCUUAUGAAAAGAUAUGGAAUAGGGACCAAUAUUUGCCUCUGUAUCAGCAAAAUAUUACAUGCAAAUUACAGAAUAAAAUUGAUCUAAAAUUA